UGUCUCCUCCUUCAGCAGAACAUCCUCUCCUUUCUGGUCGCUUCGCAUCUGCGGAAAUUAAUCAGUAAAUAAUCCAAUAAUAUCUCCUCAGUGACUCCUUAGAGAUCCACUAUUUGUGUUUUAUAUUUCUGUAGUGAAGUCUGAUUCAGAUCUUCUGAUUUGUUUCUUUCAUUCACUCGUUUAAUAUUUAAGAUAACCCUUCUCAAGGAUUUUUUAAAAACAUUUUUGUGAAGAAAUUGUCGGGAUCUUUUUCUUUUCUCUCCUCAUCUAAAGGGAUUUUGGAUUCCUCUUCUUGCUUCAUAAGCUGUAAGAUGCCCGGUGAGACACGCGCCGCUUCCAAAACCGAGAUGAAGUGUCUAAAUGCUGCUGAAGAUGAUGACAGCCUCAGCUCCAAUGACAUCCCUUACCCAGAAUUUAAAAAAGUCAAUCUGAAUGGCCAAUAUCUGGAUACAGACCCAGAGAGUCAAAACUUCCUCCAUGAGAGUGCAGGAAAGAAGAAGUAUGAGACAGAAUAUCAUCAGGGCAAUGCCUCCUUCGGUAUGUCGGUGUUUAACCUUGGCAACGCCAUCAUGGGCAGUGGCAUCCUGGGCCUGUCGUUCGCCAUGGCCAACACUGGCAUCGCCCUGUUCAUACUUCUCCUGGUGUCCGUGGCCAUCUUCUCUCUGUAUUCUGUCCACUUGCUGCUGAAGACGGCCAACGAAGGAGGUGCUCGUGUUUAUGAGGAGUUGGGCCAAAAAGCCUUUGGGAUGCCAGGAAAACUAGCAGCCUCCUGCGCCAUCACCAUGCAGAACAUUGGAGCCAUGUCGAGCUACCUCUACAUCAUCAAAUAUGAGCUGCCCAUCGUCAUCGAAGCUUUUACGGGAGCAAAGGAUGAAUGGUACACAAACGGAGACUAUCUGGUGCUGCUGGUGUCACUCUGCAUCAUCCUGCCUCUCUCACUGCUCCGAAAUUUAGGUUACCUUGGUUACACCAGUGGUUUGUCCCUCCUCUGCAUGGUGUUCUUCCUGAUUGUGGUGAUCAUAAAGAAGUUCCAGAUCCCGUGCCCUCUGCCUUUCCUCGAUGCUGUGAAUGAAACCGCGCUAAUGGCUAACAGCACCCCCAGCACCAUCAACUCCACCGAGGAUGUCUGCACACCAAAAUACGUGGUCAUCAACUCACAGACGGUCUACGCUCUGCCCAUCCUGAUCUUUGCCUUUGUGUGCCACCCUACCAUCCUGCCCAUGUACGAGGAGCUCAAAGACCGCUCUCGUAAGAAGAUGCAGAACGUGGCCAACGUGUCCUUCACGGCCAUGUUCAUCAUGUACCUGCUGGCUGCCCUCUUCGGAUACCUCACCUUCAACAUCAACGUUGAGGCCGAGCUGCUGCACACGUACUCUAAGAUCUACAAAGACGAUGUUCUGCUGCUGAUCGUCCGUCUGGCCGUGCUGGCUGCCGUCACCCUCACUGUCCCCGUGGUUCUCUUCCCCAUUCGUACCUCAAUCAUCCACCUCCUGGGCUCCCAUAAGGACUUCAGCUGGGUUCGUCACUUCAUCAUCACCCUGGUUCUGCUGGGUGGCACCAACGCUCUGGUCAUCUUUGUCCCCACCAUCAAGGAUAUGUUUGGCUUCUUCGGCGCCUCUGCUGCUUCCAUGCUGGUCUUCAUCCUACCCUCGGCUUUCUACAUCAAACUGGUCAAGAAGGAGUCGAUGAAGUCUGUGCAAAAAAUUGGGGCUCUCCUCUUCCUGGUCAGUGGAAUCCUAGUGAUGUUUGGCAGCAUGACUCUCAUCAUCUAUGACUGGGUCGCCAACAGCGUAGACAAAACAAAGCACUAGAGGUCGUCCUGCUGUGGGAGUGGAAGCUCUGAGAGCUGGACUCAAAUGCACAACCAAGAUCAAAACCGGUAAUAAAGAAGCGAAACCCCACAGAAAUGGACUUGAUGCUCCGCUUUAACCCACUGAGCAACAGGUCCAGUCAUUCCAAGAGAAUGCAUUUGAACUUUGUACAAUAGGUUGUUGUAGACCACAGAGAUGGUGAUUUUACUUGCUUUUUUUCUCUUUUGUUGUAUAUUUUUUAAUCGUUCUCAUUCCUUUUCAUAUAUAUAUAUAUAUAUAUAUAUAUAUAUAUAUAUAUAUAUAUAUAUAUAUAUAAAGUUACAGCAGAAAAACAAGUAUGUGCCUCGUAGCUGUAGCUGGUUUUCUUUUUUUUACCUCUGAAUUCAGCAAGUGAAGACUGACAGGAGGCCACGUGUAGACUUGAAAAUCUUUCUCGCAGUUUUUGUUAAGUUUCUGUUUUUAACCUUGCCAAAAAUGUGUGUGUGCUUGUGUGUUUGAGGCAUCUUUGUAUAUUUAAAAGCACUUAGAGUUCAGCACAUUUUCACCAACUCUUCAGUAUUUUUACUAAGACUCUGGAUCUUGUUUAAAUGUUGGAGGCUCACGUAUACCGGUGAACACAACCAGACUGUGACGACUGCAGAGUAUUAUAUAUAUACAUCUAUUGGAACUCUUGUAAACGGUAUUUACACUAAAGCUUCCUGAAGAUCUUGGAACAACACGCGCAGCAACAACACUACUGCUUUCAGGCCGCUGAGCCUUCCGGUUCCACCUCUCCGCUCCGCAGCGGGGAGAAGGGAAACGUAGAAUUUUUUUUCUGUAUAGGAGAAUACUUCAUAUUUGACCACAUUCAGUGGUUGUAGUAUUGUUACAUUUGCAAACACCGCAGCAAAGUCGGGUACGAUCUUUCACGGCCGUGAUCUUGAGGUUUGAGUGUUAUUGAGUGUGGUUGCACGUUUUGUGCUGUCUGAACGUUUCACCAUGAAGAACACGAAAUGUCACAAAACGGCCCACUGUUCAUCCAACACGCAUCAUAAAAACUGUUCUGUCAACUAUUUAUGGGAGACCGUUAAAUCAGUGUAAUUUGAUGUAUUUUAUUGUAUUUAUAUACCGUUUGUGUGUGUAUAUAUGUGUGUACAUAUAAUCUAUUGAUCAAGUGUAAAUAUUUUAAUUUUCACUUUUUAAUAAGAGUGGUUUAGAGCUGCAAACGAGACGAAAGGUGAAUUUGUGAUGCGGUUUUUUUAAGCCCCUGAAUACAAAGAUGAUGGAUCAGCAAAACGUUCUUGUCGCCCAGCGCGGUUCAAGAGAACACCAGUUCCAUCGCUUCUAAACUCUUGUUUCAAUGAAACAUUGUAUAUUUUGUAAUAAAUGUCCAAAUAAAAUCAACUACACUCUAGAACCUGA